GUUUAUAGUGGUGUAUUAGUUCCGUUACACACGCAGCCUACGACAACACACACCUUCACCCACCCUUAUUCAUUUCCGCCAUUACAGAUCCACAUGUCAGCCACAACACCACCACCAGCACUUCCUUCUUCCCAAAAUACCUCUAACAAAUUGCUUAAUUCCAUUCCUAUCCUCUCUCAAUCCUUCAAUCGAAAAAAAGAUUAUUCAAUUCGAUGUGAAUUUGAGAACAAUAAUAGUCAACGGUGGACUGUUGGUUGUGUUUCCGGUACUGAUCCAAUUCAUAUUAUUCUUAAACCUCCUUCAUUCCCAAUGGCUUCAGCUACGGCUUUAAGUUCUAGUACUGUGAAGAAUGCUAAGAGAGUUUGCCUCUUCUAUUGCAAUGAAAUGAAGGAUCUUGCUGAGCGAAUUGCUUCACAAUCUGAUGCAAUUGAGCUUCGUAGCAUCACUUGGAGGACUUUUGAAGAUGGAUUCCCCAACUUAUUCAUAUCUAACGCUCAUGGCAUCCGUGGACAGCAUGUAGCUUUCCUUGCUUCAUUUAGUUCUCCUGGAGUAAUAUUUGAGCAAUUAUCGGUCAUUUAUGCAUUGCCAAAGCUCUUCGUCUCCUCAUUCACACUGGUCCUUCCAUUUUUCCCAACGGGCACAUCUGAGCGUAUGGAGGAUGAAGGCGAUGUUGCCACAGCUUUUACGCUUGCCAGGAUUUUGUCAAACACCCCAGUUCCUCGAGGUGGACCAACUAGUUUAGUUAUCUUUGAUAUCCAUGCCUUGCAGGAGAGAUUCUACUUUGGAGACAAUAUACUUCCAUGCUUUGAGAGCGGGAUCCCCUUGCUUCUAAAUAGGCUACAACAACUCCCUGACUCUGACAAUAUAUCUCUAGCUUUUCCUGAUGAUGGUGCGUGGAAACGUUUCCACAAGCAGCUUCAGCAUUUUCCAAUGAUUGUCUGUGCUAAAGUUAGGGAAGGCGAUCAACGAAUUGUACGAAUUAAGGAGGGAGACCCUGCAGGACGUCAUGUUGUGAUAGUGGAUGAUCUUGUACAAUCAGGUGGCACCCUAACAGAAUGCCAGAAAGUGUUGGCUAGACAUGGAGCUCAAAAGAUAAGUGCUUAUGUGACCCACGGAAUUUUUCCAAACAGAUCAUGGCAGCGUUUUAACCAUGACAAAGGAGGUAGUCCUGAGAAUGGGAUGACUUACUUUUGGAUCACGGAUUCAUGCCCUCGAACAGUGAAGGAGGUGAAAGACAAAAAGCCAUUUGAGGUUCUGAGCCUUGCCGCUCCCAUAGCAGCUGCACUUCAGAUUUAACUGCAGAUUCUGUACCUUACCGAACUGUUCUUUCAUUCUUUAUAAGUGCAAUGUUCUUCUAUUAAUGGGCAGCCCGGUGCAAUGCUCUUCUAUUAUUCAAGAUAUAUAGAGAAAGCUAGGAGAAGCCAGAGCUUCCUGCCAGCAUUAUCGCAAUGAGUGGUGCUACUCAAGUGUGAGGAGUUUUGAUUGAUGUAGACAGAUUUUUGUAUAACUCUAUACGUCUCAGAAAUAAUAGAUUUUGAUGCCAGCAUAAUGAAAGAUGUUUACUACUCUUUGCACCUUAAA